UCAGUGUCUCACAGCUGCUGCAGUACACACGACGAUAUUUAGUUGGGCAGCAGCAGCUACAGCUGGAGUUAUCACAUCUCAUGAUAAGAACUGACUACUGAGUAAGAAUUAAAAAAUGUAGGUAUAGUCUAAUCUACAGUUUUAUCGUGUAUUUUUAUCCUUCUGAAACAUAAACUGCGACCGAUAAUAUUGUUUGUUUUGUUUUUGUCUACAUUUUCCGUCUUGUUUAUUCAAAACAUUAUCGCAAAACCUAGGUUUUUCUAUUGUCGACAUCGUUACAGAUGGUAUACAUCAAAAAUAAUUAUUUUUAUUUCUGUGAAGCUGUGCCCGAAUCUUAUUCGAAACAUUUAUAACAUUAGUAGUCACCACCAUCCUAGUAUACUGAAUGUACCUACUGAUUUUCGAAACUGUUGGAUGUCGACUCAAUAUUGACAUCUGUUGUGAUCGUGGAUAAGUAUUGAUCAAAAUGGCAGAAUACGCAGAGUACCGGCAAAAUAAUUUGGAUAAUAUUUUAAACUUUAACUAUGGCAUCGAGUUAUUCCCAGGUUCCAGUCAAAACCCAGUCAUUAAGAAGAAUACUCGAGAAGUAGCUUUGAUUAAAUUAAAAAGGUUACUCAGGAGUAAUGGAUUUGCCUUUCUAGCCGAAACUAAUAAAGAAGCAUUUAUUUUAAUGUUUUUGUAUGCUCGGAAAAUGAAUGAGAAUAAUGCAUUGGAUUUGAUUCGAAAUUAUUAUCAAUUUAGAAAGGAACAUGAUCUAUGGUUUCGUCGAUUAGAGCCUUUUGAUCCAAAAAUUCAAAUGGCUAUUCAAGAUGGUUUCCCUUCUGUACUAUCAAAUUUGGAUAGGCGAAGUCGUCGUGUUCUUUUCAUGGUUUGCUCUCAAUGGAACACUGAACGUUAUUGUUUACUAACUAUAUACAGAGCACUAUUAGUAUCUUUAGAACAUUUGAUCAAAGAUGUGAAUACUCAGUACAAUGGUUUUGUGUUUAUUGUUGAUUGGACUAACUUUACUGCUCGUCAGACAAUGAACAUCAGUCCUAGGUUGUUACAUGUAAUGCUACAAGGGUUACAAGACUGUUUUCCUGCAAAAAUUAAAGCCGUCCAUUUUAUCAACCAACCGUGGUAUAUUGAUGGCUUAAUGUCUGUUGUUAAACCAUUUUUAAAAGAAAAAACAAAAAAUAAAAUAAUUUUGCAUGGUUUGAAUUUAAAUACUCUACAUAAACAUUUUCCAAGAGAUAUUUUGCCUUCAGAACUUGGCGGUGAGCAACCUCCAUAUGAUUCAAGGAUUUGGUUAAAGAGUCUUUUAGGGUCUUCUUUGGGAGUUGAUUUAUAAUUUUAUUUAUAGCACUGAAACUUAACAUGCAUUUAUUUUCUUAGUGAAGAUAGGACUAAAUAUUUAUAACUAUAUACUACAUAUAUAUAUAUUUAUAUAAUUUAAUACAGAUCAUUGUUAUUCUGUAAUCAAUUAUUCAUUUAAGUAUGUCGCACAUACAAUUUUAUAUUUUAUACUCUGUACUUUAGUAAUGUUAAUCAUAGGUGGAAGUUCAAUUGAAUUUCAGCUAUGGAAAUAUUUUAAGAUAUUGUUGCUGAGUGAUAAACUGAUUAUAAUGCAUCACAAUGUUAAUUAUUGAGUAUAAUUUUGUAUGAACAUUUUUAUUUUUAUUUUUAAAUAACAUUCUGGCUAAAACUGUGAUACUUUUAUGUCUAUUCCAAAAAUACUUAAGUACUCAAAUUUAAGUUAAUUGUGUAGUUGAAUUACUUAAAUGUGUAAGUCAGUAUUAUUAUAAUAGAUGGAUGAACUAACAGGUGCUUUAAAUUGGUUACUAUAUUAUUAUUCAAUAAAUAUUUUAUUUUCAUUUUACAUCUAUAUUGAUGUAUAUACAUUUUUUUAUAAUUUACAUUUAAAAAAUUAAUAGAUUGUUUAUUGAUGAUAAAUCAUUUUUAUUCAUUAAGAAAAUUAUCCAAGAAUGUUACCUUUUUUAAAGACUUGAGAUACCUUCUUCUUAGUCUGUUAUCUUUCUUUAUUAAAUUAUGUUAACACUGAUUUUAAUUUAUAAUUUUCCUACAGUUUUUGUACCUUUUAUUUUGUCAAUUAUAACUAGAGCUGAAAUAUUUUUGGUUGCUUAUAUUAUUAGCACAACCAGAAUUGUAUCAGAAGAAGAUAUAAUUUUCCAAUAAUUAUAAUACACAUUUAUUUAAAUUAAGCUAUGUAAUAUUGUAUUGCAUUUAUUUUAUUACAAAGUCUGCAUAAUUAAGAACUCUCCUUAUUUUCAAUUUUUUUAUUGUAAAAAUUUUAAAUGCAUUAUUUAUAGAACAUAACAUAUAUUUGUUAAUUAAUAGUUAAUAAUUAUCUUUUAUUUUUGAAUAAAAGUAUUGAAAAAUAUUUAUUAUAUUUUUAGGUAUGUAAUUGCAUAUUUUUUUAAUUUACUGUAUGACAAUUGUUAAAUCUGAGCUCUAAUUAUGAUUUGAUAAAGUCUUGCUAUUAUCUAUUUUUCUAUAUAAUUUAUGUAAACACAUUUUAUUAUAUUCUAUUUAUUUUUAUAUGUUUGUAUGUUAUUAUAUAUUUUUCUUUUAUAUUAAUUGUAAAUAAGUAUUUCAUUAUUGCACAAAAUCUUAUAAUUAAAUAAUUUAUACCUUUGGUCA